UGGAAAGCCACGUAGCCGUAUGUAUAAUCGCUGGAUAAAGUUACAAAAUCCCAACGGUCUCCAAACUCGACAUUCUCCUGUUUUUUUUCCCCAUCGCAAAAACCGAAAAGGGGGAAGGGAAAAAAAUCAAACAUCCCAAUGGUUCGGAACAAGAAACCGAUGAGAAACCUCAUGGGCAUUUUCAAAGACAAGGCCUCGCUGAUCAAGGCCGCCCUGUCGAUCAAGCGCGCCGCGGCCGCCGUCCACGUCGCCGUCCUCCGCGCCACCACCCACAGCCCCUCCCUCCCGCCGCCGCCCCACCGCGUCUCCGCCCUCCUCUCCCUCGGCCGCGACUCCCGCCCCGCCGCGUGGGCCUGCGUCGCUGCCAUCCUCGACCGCCUCCACGCCACCCGCGACGCCUACGUGGCGCUCAAGUGCCUCAUCACGCUCCACCACGUCGCCUCCGAGGGCUCCGUCGUCUUGAAGGACCAGCUCUCGUUCUACCCCUCGACGGGCGGCCGGAAUUUCCUCAACAUGUCGAGGUUUCGCGACAAGCGGGACCCGGAAACCUGGGAGUUGUCUUCGUGGGUGCGGUGGUACGCCGCCGUCUUGGAGGGCAACUUGACGGUUUCGAGGGUCUUGGGCACAUUUCUCUCUUCCGACUCGCGAAGAACCGAUGCCAAUUUGAGAAACAGAGAAGAACUUAGAGUUUUAACGAGCGCGGAUUUGGUUAGGGAUUUGGAUUGUUUGGUGGAUAUGGUGGAGGAGAUUUCCAGGGCGCCGGAAUCGCUGGAAUUCCAACGGAACGAUUUGGUGUACGAGGUGGUGAAUUUCGUGGGGGAGUAUUACCGGUCGACGCAGUACCGAAUCCUGGGCCGACUCGGUGAGUUGGGGGAGAGGAUCGACGGGUUGAGCUCGGGAGAGUUGUCCGAGUUGACUCGGAGCCUGGAGAGGCUGGAGGUGUGCCGGGGGAGGUUGUCCGCGCUGUUUGUGAACAAGAAGCGGAACGACGCGUUUUGGGAGGUGGUGGGGGGAACGAAGGCGAGGGCGGCGAAGCUGGAGGAGGAGAGGGAGAGGGGGAGGUGGUUGGUGCGGGUUGGGAGGAGGAGAGAGGAGGAGGAGGGUGAGUCAACUCGGUGUAGGGAACGAGUUGGUAGACCGAGUCAGGUUCUGAGGUUACCGUACAGUGGAGAUUGGCAUGGAGUGGACCGGGUACACUUCCAUAUUGAGCCGGCAAUGGCGUGACGUCAGCUUAGCAUAUUCAUUUUUUAUUUUACAAACUUAUUUUCCAGUGUGCGUUUCGGUUAUUUACAUGUUGAUACGUUGGUUUUACUUUGUUUCCAUUUCUGCCCCAAAUACUCGAGAAAUCCUCCGUGUAAAAAGGCUAAAGGGAUGGGCAUAAUAAAAUUAUGUCAAUAUUUUUGCA